CUUGUAGUCAUUUCUCAGUCAAAAGAGGAAUGAAGCCUUUGGUUGCAAAUGGUAGGAAAUGGCAAGGUGAUAAAAGAAAGCCUGUCAGCGUCGCGUUCCCUUUUCUCCGGGUUUUGAGCUGUCCUUCCUACAUGGUUCAUCGGCCACUUGCAUAUUCCUGCACCCGCGUUCACAUGCAUAGCAUGUUCUCGUUUUUUUUUUUCGUUGAUAUGAAUUCCGCAUGUCUGGCAAAUAAGUUUUUAUAAGUCAGUCCAGUGGAGUGUCACUGGCUUGUACUAAAAGGCUGCCGAUGCCUGCCUUCUGGGAGAAAAGGCUCUGCAGUGCAUUCUUUAAAUGCAGCCGUCAAACCAUGGCUUCCAUUUUCAUGAAACGAACGUGGAAACCGUGCGGUUAGAAGAUGGGUCUAUUUCUGCUGGCUAUACUCAUUACCACCGCAGAACAUAUUAACGGCUUUUGCACACGUCAUGAUCAUCGCAUCAUCGCACAUAACAAAAGUGAAUGGAGGUGCCUCCAUCGAGAGGAAAUAAAGGUGCGCUUCAACCCACACAGUCUGACCUGCGAAUACUACCUCGCACGUUGCCACCGCAGCGGAAAUUCCUUCAAUACUAUCAACGAGUGUUACGAAGAAUGUGAAGAGUUCGUUAAAAACCCGUGUGUGCUGCCUAUCAAAGCAAUAAAGGAAGAAGGGUUUGUCUACAGUGACACAGCUGAAUUCCGUUAUGGUUACCACCAAGAAACGAAUAAAUGCGUCAGGUUCCUGUGGUCAAUGUCUCAUGGAAACAAUAACAGCUUCAGGUCACGCAAACAAUGUCUGGAAACCUGCGCACCGAAGUCAUCAUGCUUAUUUCCAACCGAGUACCAUGGCUGGAGAAUUUUUCCUUCAUACUUUUACGAUCCUCGUCACGACACUUGUAACAGAACGACCACCUUCCUCAGGAAUUUUCAAUAUUGGCCGAAAGCGAACAGAUUUUUUACUUCAGAUAGUUGCCAGAAAGAAUGCAUGCCCGAUCUUUCCGCAAUCCUUCAGUACGCCUACAGCUACGUAUAA